CUCCCAACCCUAAAGUCGUCUCUUUUGCUAUUACUCCCUUGCCAAGACUUUUAUAUCAUCAGUAUACGCCUGUCAGUUGGUAAGUACCUUUGAAAAUACUUAAGACAUGUACAUUUAGAUAAUGAAAUCCCUUCUAUGUUAUUGAAUGUAAUUUUUCAACAGAAUGCUUCGUUGCUUUACGGUACACAUUUACAUUGAACAAAUUAAUCAAUAAAUAUUAGCACCUAUAUGGAAUGGGAACCUAUCUUUGUCUAGGCAUUUUUUUUUUGUUUGGUGUGGCUAGAGAUUAAUGUUGGCUAUUUCAAUUAUGUAUUUAAUGGCUCUCCUUUUUAAAAUGUUAUAUUCGUGUGUACAAGUUUUAAAAAAAAAAAAAAUGUUAAUUCAGCGUGCAUUUGUGGGUUUUCAUCUAGACUCAGUGGUUGCGAUUUUUUUUUUUUUUAAAUUUUGGCUAUUUCAAUUAUGUAUUUAAUGGCUCUCCUUUUUAAAAUGUUAUAUUCGUGUGUACAAGUUUUAAAAAAAAAAAAAAUGUUAAUUCAGCGUGCAUUUGUGGGAUGUCAUCUAGACUCAGUGGUUGCGAUUUUUUUUUUUUUUAAAUUCAGGUUUUACGUUCUCACCCUUAAUGUGACAUAUGAAUUCCAUGCAACUAUUUUAUUGUGUCAUUUGACCAAACACCCUGUACAAAUCUUAGACCCAGCCCCAUCCUGUGGAGAUGUUGGUCUUAUUGAUGAUAUGAACCAUAUCAGAGUUAAUACUUGUUGAUGAUAACCUGAACAUGUCUCACCUUUACAAACAGCUCUUUGACAGAACCAUUUAAACAGUAACGGACUUCUGAAGCAUCAAAAAUAAACUAAUAGAAAACUGAAGUAUUCUAUUUCCUAUAACAGCCGUCUUGAUUUUUUUGUCAGUUAAAUCAGAGCAUACUCUCGUGGUUCUACCACGUAUUGGCCCUGGCACGAUUCUAAAGGGCAUGACAUUUAAGAAGGUCGUUUAUUCAAGAUGACACGCCAAUCAGGUAGUUAUAAGACAUGGGUCUUUAUAAACACGAUCUGAACUUCCAAAGUAUUGGUUUAGUGUUCGUUAUUUGACAGUAAACCAUACACCCCUUUUGUACACAACGGCUCCAAUUCUAUCAGACGUGUACAAUCGUGUCAUUGUCCAUUUUCUAUUCCCUUUGCAGACAAAAGCUCCAUACAGCAUGAAGCCAACAGAACAGCGGGUGAUAUUAAAAGAUCGGUAAUUCAAUAUUUUGUUAAAUUCCUUGGUAGAAGUCUGAAAUCACUUCGUUAAUAAAUAUGAAUUAUAAAAAAAUGAUUGCAUUCAGCAAAUUUUAACUAUCAAGAUAAAUUCUUAUUCCAUGACAUAAACUGUUGCUAAUCUAAUACAACCAGAUGCAUCUUAACUGACAGCCAACAGAGUGCACAUAGGAUAGACACAGGAAAUUUCAUUCUGUGUCCAAAUCGCUUGCUCCUUACGAUUUCGUUCACCCAGACAUUUCAGAUGAAAUAACUCCUUCUGAUUUACAUCUAUAUAUUUGAACAUUGAGUUAUCACCAAACAAAAUUUUGAAUGAAAAUAGAAUUCCUCAAGUAUUUCUAUAUAUUGAUGUAGCAUAUUCGAAUCAGUUUACUUAUGAAUUGUAGAGUCACAUCAAUGACUCCACUAAGUAAAUCUAUGCAAACGACGAAUGACAAACGAAUAAAAAUAAAAGAUAUAUAUAUUUUUUUUUUUUUAAAGUUAGAAAAAAAUGAGUUUAAAGUAGCAAAGAAUUAUUUCAAAAUUUCUUAAUUUUUUUUUUGUUGUUUAAAAGCUAUAAAAAAAAACAUGAAGUCACGUUUGCUAACUGUUUGCAGCAGUUUGGAAGAGCAACGUUUUGGUACAAACCUUCCUUAGUUACCACAAAUAAAUGCAUGAAACCAAAAAAAACAAAAAAACAUGCACAAAUAAGGUGAUUACAAAAAUAAUGAUACAUUGCUCAGUUCCAUUUCAUAUGAAAUAUUUUACAGUUCAAUUUCAUAUGAUAAUACAUUGUACAGUUUCAUUUCAUAUAAUACAUUGUACAUUUUCAUUUCAUAUGAUAAAUUGUACAGCUCCAUUUCAUAUUUUUCAUUUGGUAUUAAAUAAUGCCCAUUUAUUUAGCACGGAAUCAAAGUUCUUUGAGCUUUCGUGGUCAGUGCACGUCAAUAGAGUCUGGGGUGCACUGGGGUGGAUUAGUUGCGACGGGGGUAGGUGAGACACAAAUAGAGUCCACAAAAUAACGCGAACCGGCUUUAAAAACACUCUGAGUUUAUGGAGUCCAAUUGCGACGCUAUUACCGGGUCUCACUGUGCUUGCCAUCUUUUCAUAUUAUUUUUUACAUUUUAAAACUAUAAUUAACUGGUCCAACAAUGGCAGUGGCAAUGCAUGAACUUACUACUUAAGUUAGUUGACAAAACAUGCAUUCAAUUAAUGCACUUUAUAAUAAUCUGAAUUAGUGCUUUUUUAUUAAAUUUUUUUUAGCUUUAUUUUGCGCGUCAAUUGAACACAGUGUUACAGCCGUACAUACGUAGACAAUCAUUAUUUUCCAUCAUAUAUAUUUAUGUAGAAGACAUUAACAUAUUUUUGUUGCAUUUAGCAUUCAGCUGUUAUUUUUUUCUCCUCGCACAUUUUAGAGAACAGUUCAAAAUAUUGAACUUUGGACUUCCUAUCACAAGUCUUAUAGUCUCAGCCAUUAUCUUGAUAAUUGAACUUUGUAAACAAUCCCAGUUGCCUGCCUUCGCUGUAAGUACAGCAGGAGACUUUAAAAAAAUAAAAAUCAGGAAAUUAACUGCCAAGCAAAUAGAAAAUUAUAUGUAUUAAUAAUUCGUGCAGCUUUACCCAAGAACGACGAUGUGACAAUGUUCACAAUGGUAAGCUUCAAAAGUUAUUGACGGUUCAUUUUCUAGAAAUUUUAAAUCGAACAAAACCUUUUGAACGUUUUGGCGCAGUCAAAAAUAGGUUCUAUCUAACGUCACGACACAGUGACUUUUGCUUUUUUUUUUUUUAUCUCACCUUUUUUUCUAUUUCCACGUUUCUUUAGAUAUAAGUAAGCAAUCCUUUUUAAUUAUACAUUUUAGAAAGCAAUUUUUUGUGUGCUUUUUCUAUAACCACCAAUAGUUAAGUUCCUGGAAGCAGAGCUGAACAAAGAGGCGACCGCCCCAGGAAAUUUUUCAGAGGAAUUGUUCAAUUUCUUGUCUAUUCGUUUCCUUGCGCAUAUCAAAACAAGGUUAUGUCAGAAUUCUUUUUAGAUAUUUAGGGAAAGAUCACCUGAGCAUUAGAGAAUUCGGCGACUACUGCCACUAUUAAAAACGUUUGGUUCAAUAAAUGUUAUUAUUGGAAGGAAAGACACACAUUCUACCUUGUUGUUGUAUCAACAGGAAGAUGCACCACCAGGGGGUCCAUUUGAAACCUUGUGUCUUGACUGUGUACAACUUUUAAGUGAAUCUCAGUACCCGUAUUUUAGUGAGCCCCUCCUCAACAAUCUACACGUUAAAAUCAAAGAUGGCCGCAGGCAGUGCUGCUUUAACAACACAGAUCAACUCAAUACAUUAACUACAUUGGUGGGUAAGAUGUGA